CGAUGUCUCAGGGCUCUCGGCGUCAAGCCUGGCUCCUCCGUAAAGACGCGGAGGCGGAAGCUAGAGCGGCGGCGGCGGAAGCGGGGCGCGGCGCAGCGGGCGGAGGCACCGCGGUGAGUCCCUGCUUUGGCCCCGCGGUGCUCAUCUGUGUUAUCUGCCCUGUCCCCUGUCCUCUUCCUUGUGUUUCAUAAUGCCCAGUACUGCCGUCAGGACUUCUUUCCCUUGACCUCGGUACUAGCUUUCGUUUAUUUUCUCGGGCCUGGUCCCCCCCAACUGCCGCCCCAGUCGUGGGCCUCAGCCCUGACUUGUCCUACUUUCACUGGCCUUUGCCACCUUCACGAGCUUUGUCCACGGUCACCAGGUGUUUUUCUGCAAUGUCUACUUUUGUACAGAUUUUGGUGGCCUUAUCUGGCCAGUGAUGGCCCUGGGAGGUUGUCACCAUCCUAGGCCGCCCGCGGAAUGAAGGAGCUGCUGCCCAGUGUAGCUAAGAAGCAAGGUGUGGUCUAAUGCUGUCUGCUCUGACAUUCAGAACCCCCCCCCCCCUACCAUCCACCUGGCCAGGCUCUCUCCUGAGACCACUGGCCAUUAGGAAGGCCACUGGCCUUCUCAGAAGAAAGUCAGCCCUGGCUUGAAGUCUUGUGGCAGUAAGGUCAAAGACAGUGUUGUACCUGUCAGGUGGUCUCUAGAACUUGCUAGAACUUGGACCAGCCGGUUUGGGCAGCCCAGACUUGUUGGCCUGCCUUGGUGCUCCCUGGGCUGUGGAGCAUGGGGAAGGUGUCAACGGCCCCAACCUGUAAGGUAUGAAGGUGGGGCCACUUCCCACUCCUCAGGUUGAACCUAUCCUAGUAAUACUGAUAUGCUUGCUAUCUGGUCUAGCAAGCAUCUUCUGCCCCUGGAGAAUGUGAGGUAUAACAUUAUUGUCUGUGAUGGGACAGUGCUACUGAUAACCUCCCUCCCCCCAGCACAUGCUCAGUGCAGUGGAAUUCUCAGCUCGGCAGUUGGUGGGGCUGGAGGAAUACCCAGAACUGCCAUGUGUGGGGCCCCAGACCCUCAAUUUCUCCCUGGGAUUGAGGGUGAGGAAGCCUGGGCUCAGAGCAGCCACUGGUGGGUUUCAGGACCAUCCAGGCAGAAUGUCACAAUGGAUGAGGGGGGCAUGCCCCUGCUCCCCGACAGCCUUGUCUACCAGAUCUUCCUGAGCCUAGGCCCUGCAGAUGUGCUUGCUGCUGGGCUGGUAUGCCGCCAAUGGCAGGCUGUAUCCCGGGACGAAUUCUUAUGGAGGGAGCAGUUCUACCGCUACUACCAGGUGGCUCGAGAUGUGCCCCGCCACCCAGAUCUGGAACAACGACCUGACCAUCUCGCUGCUGCACAGUGCAGAUAUGAGGCCAUACAACUGGAGCUACACCCAAUUCUCCCAGUUCAACCAAGAUGACUCACUGCUGCUGGCCUCAGGGGUAUUCCUUGGGCCACAUAAUUCUUCCUCAGGCGAGAUAGCUGUCAUCAGCCUAGACUCCUUUGCCCUGCUGUCCCGUGUGCGAAACAAGCCCUACGAUGUGUUUGGCUGCUGGCUCACAGAAACCAGCCUCAUUUCGGGGAACCUGCACCGCAUUGGAGAUAUCACCUCCUGCUCAGUGCUGUGGCUCAACAAUGCCUUCCAGAAUGUGGAGUCAGAAAAUGUCAACGUGGUAAAACGGCUCUUUAAGAUCCAGAACCUCAAUGCCAGCACUAUCCGCACAGUGAUGGUGGCUGACUGCAGCCGCUUUGAUAGCCCAGACCUACUGCUGGAUGCUGGCAACCAGGCUGGGCUCCCCUGCCGAGUCUUUGACCUCGGUGGGGACAGUGAGGAAGAGGCCACUGACCCAGGUCUGCACGCCUCUGGUUCUGGCCAUGUCAAGGAAGGUUUACGGCGCAUGUUGGAUAGUGUGUUGGAUGGACAUGCACAGCUGUCAGAUUGUGCUCUGGAGACCAAGGUGGCUGAGCUGCUGGCCCAAGGCCACACCAAGCCCCCAGAGUGUCAUUCCCCCAGGAACAAGUACCUCAUCUUCACCACUGGCUGCCUCACCUAUUCACCACAUCAGAUCGGCAUCAAGCAGAUCCUGCCGCACCAGAUGACUACAGCAGGGCCCGUGCUGGGCGAGGGCCGGGGUUCUGAUGCCUUCUUUGACGCACUGGACCAUGUCAUAGAUGUGCAUGGGCACAUCAUUGGCAUGGGCCUGUCUCCUGAUAACAGGUACUUGUAUGUGAAUAGCCGUGCCUGGCCCCCUGGCUCAGUGGUAGCUGACCCUAUGCAGCCACCACCCAUUGCAGAGGAGAUUGACCUGCUAGUGUUCGAUCUCAAGACCAUGCGGGAGGUGAAGCGGGCUCUGCGAGCGCACCGUGCCUACACACCCAAUGAUGAGUGCUUCUUCAUCUUCUUGGAUGUCAGCAAGGAUUUUGUGGCCAGUGGGGCUGAAGAUCGGCAUGGCUAUAUCUGGGACCGCCACUACAACAUCUGCUUAGCCAAGCUGCGGCACGAAGAUGUGGUCAACUCAGUGGCCUUUAGCCCCCAAGAACAGGAGCUCUUAUUGACAGCCAGCGAUGAUGCCACUAUCAAAGCCUGGCGCUCACCACGAAUUGUUCGUGUCCUCCAGGCCCCACGCCCACGCCCACGCCCACGCCCCUUCUUCUCCUGGUUUGCCAGCCAUAAGCGCUGAAGGCUUCAGUGAUUUGAGCCAUUGGGACCCACUGGGGAAAGAUACCCUGUGGUUCUUUACUGCACUGGGAUGUACAGUAGUUCUUUACUGCACUGGGAUGGAGUAGCUCAUAGCAGUGAUGCCUUAGAAGGGGUAGUCUGACCCCAACACACACACACACACACACACACACACACACACACACACACAAACACAAACACAAACAAAACCUGCUUACUCAGCCAUCAGGCUUAGCACUAGGGUAGCCCUUGUUGGCAGCACCAGAGAUCCCAUGUCAGACUCUUGGCCAGCUUGGGUUACAUGGGACCUGUUCUUCACCUACCUUCCUCCCCUGGGUUGACAACUCACAGAGCUCCAAGCUGGCCUCUGCCUGGGUACCUUUUAUGCUCAGCAGAACCCAUAGCCUUGGAUGUCUUGAGUGUACCCUGGGUGACAGGCCAGCUCUGGUCUCUGGUAAUUUGGUUUGUGCUACUGAUGGAGUGGCCUGCAGUUGACUAUGGGUGCUGCAUGCUGCACUCAUUAACUGUUUGGACCUGAAUAAACAGUUGGCACCAGUA